GUCGCAAAAGGACAACCUUCAAGCGAUGGUCCCCGCGGCGACUCAGUCGAUGCAUUGUUGGCUCAAAAGAAGAACACUCUCUCUCUUCCAUCCCAUCACCUCCCAUCAUGCCCGCAUUCAGACCAUCUCCUUCCCACCUCGCGGUUCUCCGGAGUAUUGCCACCAAACCUCUCCUCCUCACCACUUCUACAGUAGGCCUCCAAGCCAUCGCUGAGAAGCACAUCACCAAGGGUCUAGGACGUCUGCGCGACCAUGUCAUCAAGGAAGGUCAGGGUUUGCGAGUCCUCACCACCGAAAAUCAAAAGCUCCUUGACUUCACCUCAGGGAUCGGAGUCACGUCUCUCGGCCAUUCCCACCCCGACGUGACAGAGGCCAUCAUUGCGCAAGCCCAGUCGAUCAUCCACGUCCAAUGUGCGAUCGGCCUCUCGGAACCAUACGUCCAGCUCGUCGAGUCUCUACUCCAGAUGAUGCCAGACAAGAGUCUGGACAGCUUCUUCUUUUGGAACUCCGGUAGUGAAGCUAUCGAGGCUGCAAUCAAGGUUGCGAGGACAAAGACGAAGAGGAACAACAUCAUUGUCAUGCAGGGAGGAUACCACGGCCGCACGUCUGGAGCUGCUGCCCUGACCCGAUCCAAGACUUCUUUCUUCAAAGGUACUGGUCCUCUCAUGCCAUGUGUCUACACUACUCCCUUCCCCUAUUGGCACGCCCUCAACCUCCCCAAAACCACAAGCGAAGAAGCCCUCGUAGAGCACGCUAUCAUCGACCUCGAGAGCUUGCUUCAACAACAGACUGCGCCGGAGGAUACUGCUGCAAUCUUCCUCGAGCCUGUCAUCGGAGAGGGUGGAUAUGUACCUGCUCCGGUGGAGUAUGUUCGUCACCUAAGGGAGGUUUGCGAUAAACAUGGGAUCAUGCUUGUUGUCGACGAAAUCCAGACAGGGUUCGGACGUACCGGUAGAACAUUCGCUAUUGAGCACUCCGACGUCACUCCCGACAUCAUGGUCUACGCCAAAGGCUUCGCAAACGGUAUGCCCAUCUCGGGUAUCGUCACUCGUAAAGAGAUCAUGGACGUUAUGCUUCCCGGCUCUCUCGGUGGGACAUACUCUGGUAAUGUUGUAGCGUGCGCCGCCGCCCUCGCCACGACCAGGUACAUGCGCUCCCACGAUAUCCUAGGCAACGUCCAAGUCCGGUCUGAGCAGAUCUUCAAGGGUCUUCGCGAGAUCCAGGCUGAUGAAGAGAAUGGAGGAUGGCUUAUUGAAGAAGUCCGUGGCAAAGGUCUCAUGAUCGCUCUUGAAUUCAAAUCCCCCUCCUCACGGCUCACUUCUACUCCCCACCCGUCCUACCCUGAGGCCACCAUCCCUCCCAACUUGCACACCCUCGUGCAGAACGCCUGCUACGAUCGUGGCCUUCUCGUACUGACGACAAGUAUUUACCCGGUUUUGAGACUUAUUCCGGCGUUGGUGCUGAGUGAGGAAGAGGUCGAUGAGGCGCUGGCGAUCAUUCGGGAGGCUGUGAAAGAAGUUGCGAGGGGUGUGGAGGGGAAGCAGUAAACAUAGGAUGUGUUGCAGCUCUUCAAAUUGAUGAAGUCUCUACACGAUGAAGGGAAGGAAGUCCACCUCGUAGUCAACAACAUGAUGUGAGCUCUCAGGUGUUGUAGACCAAUAAAGUCACCACCAUCAAAGUCGGACAUGAUCCAUCCCCGGCCAAGUUGAAAAGCCAUCAAUCGGAGCUCAUACGCUCGAAUUCGGGUAAUUUCAGCCUGAUUCUUCUCUUAUUCAGUACAUCUGGAGCUGUACGAAUGAUUGAUAUCGAGUAUGUAUGUGGUGAAUGUCGG